AUGACUCCUCAACUAGAGAUAUUUAUCAGCGCUUUAUCCCGGUGUUUAGGAUGGGCAUACAUGAUCUGUUGGUCAGGGUCCUUUUACCCGCAGCCUAUCACCAACUGGAAACGCAAGUCUACAGUCGGUUUAUCUAUUGAUUUAUCUACUAUCAACCCUCUGGGAUUUGCCUGCUAUACGAUAUAUACCUCCGCGUUUCUCUAUUCGCCCGUCAUUCGUUCACAAUAUGCGGCCCGCCACCCUGCCUCGGUUGAUCCCACCGUCCGGUUCAACGAUUUCGCAUUUGCGGCCCACGCGGUGGUAUUGACCAUCAUGCUAUACACACAGUUCUGGCCUUUCAUCUGGGGUUUACACAUUUCCCGCUUCCAAAGGAUAAGUUGGACCAUGGCAGGGACAUUUUGGGCGUCUAUCCUGGCUCCUAUGGUGGUUAUGGCCAUUGUAUUGGCGCAAAGUCCGGAUGGAGGGUAUGAUCCUUCCACUUGGGCGUGGAUUGACGUGAUCUACUCGUUUUCGUACGUCAAACUCCUGGUCACCGUUGUCAAAUAUAUGCCUCAGGUGUCGUUGAACUACAAGCGCCAAUCUACAGAAGGCUGGAACAUUGGAACCAUUCUUCUAGAUUUGUCUGGUGGUGUCCUUUCAUUGCUUCAACUGGUGCUUGACUCCAGCCUUCAAAGUGACUGGAGCGGUAUCACCGGAAACCCGGUCAAGCUACUGUUGGGCAACGUCACAAUUUUUUUCGAUGCGAUCUUCUGCGUCCAACACUACGUCUUAUACCGAGACAUCCCUGACCUGAAGGGAACACCUGGUCCGGGCGAGCAAGCACCCCUUUUGGUUGGACAAGAUGAUGCUGUGCCAGAUCAGGUAUGA